AUGUCUGACUCAACUGAAAUUUACGAAAGUGUACCAAUCGACAACAGUCUAUCUAGAAAGAUUAAAGACAUAGCGGCAGGGUUUGUUGGUGGUGCCACCCAAGUCCUUAUCGGCCAGCCAGCAGAUUUGGUCAAAAUUCGACUUCAAACCACUUCAGCAACGUCUUCUUCACAGGUCAUCAAAGAUGUUAUUAAAAAUGAAGGGCUACUUGCCUUCUACAAGGGUACCUUGCCACCACUCUUUGGAGUAGGUGUAUGUGUGUCACUUCAAUUUUACGGUUUUCAUGAGGCAAAGAGGCAAAUAUUGCAAUACACCGGCAAAUCGCAAUUGAAUCUUUGGCCUGAGACUUAUAUCGCUGGUGCUGUGGCUGGUGUGGUAAAUUCUCCCGUGACCGCUCCAGUAGAGCAAUUAAGGAUCCUCAGUCAAUCAUCAGGAGAACUGAUUUCACUUACGUCCACAGUGAGAAAGAUUUUUGCCGAAAGAGGUAUACGGGGCAUAUACCGUGGUUUUGAUAUCACAUUGAUUAGAGAAUUUCAAGCGUAUGGUGUGUGGUUCUUGACCUACGAGGCGCUUAUAAAAAAAAUUGUUGAGUUGCAUCAUUACAAAAGCAGGGACCAAAUUGGCACACCAGAAUUGCUAGCAAGUGGUGCGCUUGCAGGUAAUGCAUUAUGGCUAAGCUCGUACCCAUUGGAUGUAAUAAAGUCCAACGUUCAAAGUGACGGAUGGGGAGCUAAUAGUAAAUUUGAUGGAAGUUCGCUCAAGGCAGCCAGAUACAUUUACACCCAUCAUGGAUUUACCGGAUUUUGGAGAGGAAUUGUUCCUUGCUUACUAAGGGCUGUCCCAUGUAGUGCAGGCACUUUUGCAAGUGUUGAGUUAGCACUUAGACUAAUGGGGUAA